AUCCUGCGGCGUUGUGUUCUGGCUGAAUUGCUCCCAUCCUCCUCGCAAAAGUCCCUAUAGGUGCCCCCGGUCUGACACUUGACUUGCUCACAGUAUAAGAUCCCUUUGAUAAUUGCUGUGAGUGGCAUAAACACAAAAUACGAGUCGGAUUCCUACUGCUAGCCUCCCCUGUCCUCAGGUACUCCGAUACAAGACCCUUUCUGUUCCAGGGGGAUUAUCACAUGCCAUGUGCGCGUGGCUUGUCUGGGCUAACGUAGCGUCCUGGGGCCACGUCUCUCCAAUCGAGCAGAGAUUAUCGAUCGAAGCCACAAGAGCCACAAUUCAGCUGUGGCGCAACCGCCUCUCGCCCGCCUUGCCAAGGACGACUACAAGCAAAUUCGCCCCCAUCAGGUGCAUAAGGAGGGUUCAGAUUCUGGUGAUCGACAAAAGGAGAUGGUAUUAAAGCCCAGGGGCCAGAACGCACGAAGGAUUGUGGUGUGAAGUCUCUGUGUAGCACAUCAGCCAACACCUUCCCACCACGUUUCACACGAGUUUUCCCCCUCAAGUCCUACCGAAUCUAUUAAUCACGGCUCGAGGUGCCCAAACCAGGGAACCCAUAUCAAACAGUGCAUCGCAGUCCAAACCAAGGCUCUUGAGCGACUUUGCUGAACCCCGUUUGUCUCCUCCUGUUCAAGAUGGCAAAAUUCGGCGACCUCAUCGCUCUCUUCGUCCUGAUCAUCCUAGUUGCCGUUGUCGCGGCCGUUGGAUUCGUGGCCUAUACGAUCGCACACGAUGUCGGGCACAAGACGCGGCAGAAACUCGAGAGGAAGAACGUUUCAUUCAGUCGUGAUGGGAUGAAAGUCGGGGUGAAAGAAGUGACACGGGAACAACAGGAGGAUGCGGCGCAAAGUGUAAUAACGAAAAUAUGGAAUAACUCCAAUUGGCCAGGAUAUCAGUCUCCGAUCAUGGGAUGGGGACAGGCAAGUAAGACGCCCGCUGCGACACCUGGAGCGGAGAAGAGAAACCCGUUUUCGCGCUCAUCGUCCUCUGCGCAGUCCGUUCCUACCCUCUCACGACACAGCUCGAACCAGAACAAUCUUUCCCGCACAACAUCUGCGCAGGUUCCACUGUCGAGAACCAGCUCCUCGCAGAGCAAGUCGUAAGAAGUUUCAUGACAUGGCAACUUGAAGAGGGGAAGUGAGCAUUUCACUUCUGAGAGCAUGUACCGAGAAAUGGCCAAUGCGAAACGGAACAACGGAUGAAAGGUGGGAAGGCCAUUUUGUUUCCUCCAGACACGAGAGCUGGGACGCGGAUGUAUUUCGGGAUGGGGUAUGUGCACAAUUGACCGAGUUGGACCGGGUGCCACACAGAAAUUGGCCAAGCGAAAUCAAGUCAAAUGUGAAUGAAGACGACGUGGUCCGGGGAAGGGACAGAUGGGCGCAUUGUAUCAAAAGACAACCAAGAACUCAAGAGCCACAGUACAGAGCAAUUACGACACAAUGCUCACUGACGCAAUUUGCCCAAAUGCCGCAAACCAAAAGAGACGAGAUGGUCUUUGCUGUUCCGAAAUCUGGGCACGAGCAACAGCUUUCCAACUGCGGUGUCUGCCCAAACAAUCCAUUCCUCGCAGCAAAUCUUGUGUGAUGCUUGAUAGUUCGUGCUCUGUUAUCCGAACUUGGAGCAUUGCCCACUAUUUCCAGCCUUCUUUUAAGGAAAUUGACCUGCUAAAGGCCCGUGCCCGUACCCUGCAAUACUCGUCCUCGAGUCGAAGCGCACAUUGAUUACUCCGCAACUGAGGGUCUUUCCCAUUCGGUAUCAAAUGGCAAUGUCAGCAAUCCUGAAGGUGUCUGCACGUCAGCCGAAGCAACGAAGCGUGGGCGUCAAAUAAGCCUAUCGCAGAGCAAAGGAAUGAUACGAUCAUGCAAGAUGACCUCGCAGAAGGAGGUCUUGAUUGGCCAUUAUUUUCAGACCUUGCUCCCCUCGUGCUCGCUGCAGGCUCGGCUUUGUCCGGAAAGGCAAGCUCUUUGUGAAGCUGCAUUUGCUUCUUAUGCACCGGUACCUCAUGUGUGCACCGUGCGCAAGGAAGAGGGUCCAAUCUGAAAGCGAGAGGUUGGUAUACGGGUUAUCGGUGUCGAUCAAACCAGAGAGACCGAGCACCCAGAGAGGGGCUCUUUUGUUGUUUAGGAGACGACACUUCUUUCGGUUGCAGAAAGGGAAAUUGAAGGGGGAGAUGGAGGAGGCAGGGGAAAGAAGAGUACGAGAAGCACACAAAAAUAUUGAUGGUCUGACGGAAGCCAACGAAGGUCAAUUGGGCAUUGUGGUCUGAUAAUGACCAGACACCUCCAGGGAAUUUUGAUCAUGGGAGAUUGCCAUUAAUCACGCGGGUGCCCAUCGCUCGUCCCGGGGGGCCCUCCAGUGCUCAAUGCUUAAUGCUUAAUGCACAAAUCCCUCCCCCAGCUUCGUGUUCG